GCAUCUUCUUCUACACCAUCUAUCUCUCACACAUUAACAACACACAUAAACAUGGGAUCCGUAAGCAGAGAGAUACUACACGACGUCCCACCAUACAUACGAGUCUAUAAAGACGGAACCAUCGACAGACUGGUCGGUACCGAGCUCAUCCCACCCACCACCGAUCCCAAAACCGGUGUCACCUCAAAAGACAUCAUAAUCUCCCCCGAAACCGGCAUCUCCGCCCGAAUGUUCCGUCCACCUCUGACCACCACCACCACCCAAAAACUCCCUCUCAUCAUCUACUUCCAUGGCGGAGCUUUCGUUAUCGCCUCCCCCGCCGAACCCAAGUACCACACCUCGGUCGCGAAACUCGUAUCGGAGUCACGCGCCAUCGCGGUAUCCGUCGACUACCGGUUAGCACCUGAGCACCCGCUUCCGACCGCCUUCGACGACUCCUACGACGCCCUCAAAUGGGUUUCCUCCCAUGCUCCGGGAGGAUCUCGACCCGGAUCCGAAUCCGGAUCUGGGUUGGAAGAGUGGAUUAAAAAUCACGUGGACUUUGACCGAAUUUUCCUCGCGGGAGAUAGCGCGGGGGCCACCAUAGCCCACCACCUUGCCAUCCGGGUCGGGUUAAAACCCGACCCGGAUGUUAUGUUUAAAAUACAGGGUAUGAUUUUAAUCAACCCGUAUUUUUGGGGGAAGGAUCCGAUCGGGUCGGAGAAAACCGACCCGGUGCGGAAGACUAUGGUGGAUAAGUGGUGGGAGUUUGUGUGUCCGUCGGAUUCGGAUCACGGGUUGGAUGACCCGUUGAUCAACCCGUUUGUAAAUGGGGCUCCGGAUUUGGCGGGUUUGGGUUGCGGGCGGGUCAUAGUGACCGUUUCGGAAAAGGAUAUAUUGAGAGAUAGAGGGUGGGCUUAUUACGAAGCGCUCGAGAAGAGUAAGUGGAAUGGGAAUGUAGAGAUGUUUGAGGUUGAAGGGGAAGAUCAUGUGUUUCAUAUCUUUGACCCGAAUGGAGAUAAAGCCGUGAAUAUGAUCAAGAAGUUGGCUAGUUUUGUAAGCCAAGAGUAAUAAUAAUAUGAUUUUGAUUUGAUUUGAUUUUGUGAAAGUGAUAUAUAUUUGGUCAUGUUUUGUAAAGUAGAAUAUGUUUUGUGAUGUGUUUGAUGAGUUGAAUUAAUUAUUAGUUGUUUUAUUUUAUACGUCAUGUGUUUGAUUUGUAAUUUUUUUAAACAUAAUUUUAUGAAAGGAUGACGAUAUUUGUUAUUUAAUUUCAA